AAAAUUUUGACCUGGGUCAACAACACGCGAUUAACAGGUUUUUAUCUCCUCAAUUAGCGCAGCCUCAGUGAAAAACGCUACAUAGUUUAUUUUUUAGACUAUAUCGUGUGGCUUAGGAGAUUUUUUUAGCACGACUGGCCCACGGUCAAAUUCCAAACUCCUCUCGAUUCUAUUUCUAAUGCCCUUGGGCGGUCGCGCCUCUUGAAACAAGAAAAAUAACUGAAUUGCCGCACGCAUCUCAGCGCUGCGUAAUUGCUGUGCAUAAUUUUGAACGAUCAGCACGAUCGAGACGCAGAAGCUUAUCUGCGGCCGAUUGUCUGGCUGGAAAAUCGCCCGCCACUCGCUGGCCGCCUGACCGCCUUCGAGACGCAAAAAUCAAACUUUAGUCGCGGACGACGCGGACGCUUCGAGUGGCCGCGAUGCUCGCCUUCUGCAUACAAUGGCUCGCCUUCAACUGGCGAACUAUUGUCUUCUAUGUCUUCACCUCGUUUUUCUCGCUCCUGGGCAUGCCCUAUUUCCUGCUCAGGCCGUGCAACCCCAUCAACUGCUCGCACUGGACACGAAUUCUCCGUUUGUCUACGUACCUGGUGGGCAUCGAAUGGGAGGUCAGGGGUCUGGAGGUGCUGGGGCAGCGGCGGGGGUGCGUGGCCGUGGCGAACCACCAGAGCUCCUUUGACAUUCUGGGCAUGUUCUGGUUUUGGCGCUGGUCGCACCUGAUCGCCGCCGUGGCCAAGAAGGAGAUCUUCUACGCGUGGCCGUUCGGUCUGGCCGCCUGGCUGGCCGGCGUCGUCUUCAUCGACCGAAUCAACUCGGACAAGGCGCGCGGCCAGCUGGCGCACGCGGCCAAACUCAUGGCCGAGCACGACGUCAAGCUGUGGCUCUUCCCCGAGGGCACCAGGAACAAGCGCCGCCGCUGCCUGAUGCCCUUCAAGAAGGGCGCCUUCCACGUCGCCGUCGCUUGCCAGGCGCCCAUCAUGCCCGUCGUCUACUCGCCCUACUACUUCAUCAACCCCCACAACAAUUUCCACACUGGUGGCAAAGUAAUUGUGACGGCGCUUCCAUACGUCGAGACAAAGGGCUUGACUAUGGCAGACGUGGAUGACCUGAUGACAAAAGUGAGGAGUGAAAUGGAGAAGGUUUACCAGCAAGUUUCUGAAGAAUUGAAAGCGGAGCUUCCACCUAACUAUCCGGGACUUGUGGGUUUUGAAGACUGAUAUUUCUGUACUUCUGAAGUGAGAUAUUUUUAAAAUUUAAUUUAAUUUUAGAUAUUAAAAAAAACGCCUACACCUAACAUAAAAUGUUUUUGCUCACACAAAAUCUCACUAAAAUCAAUAUUUUAUUAUUAAAUACUUGAGAUGUUUUACAAUAAAACGUUUUUUAAAUAAACAUUUUGUAUUUUUCCUAGGCUAACACAUUGUGCUGUUUCUGUUGCUGAUAAGCUUAUAUUUAGCAACCAAUG